CGUAUCCAUGACAGCCGCUGUAUUUUUGUUGUUGGUGGUGAUGCUAGCUUUAGCAAAGAAUAUCCUAUGCGCUGGCGAUAGCUCCAAUAACGUUAAACACUCAUUAAAAAAUAUAUAUAUUCCUUUAUAUAUAUAUAUAUAUAUAUAGGGAGAGAGAGAGAGAGAGAGAGAAACGUAAAUUAUAGUGAACUUCUGGGCUACAUAAUAUGCUCAUUUAGUAAACCAAGAAUUAUUUUAUGAGGGAAUGUGGAAAUUGUACGAUGCUAUUUGUGCCUUUUUCUUUUUUUCUAAAAAUAAUUUGGCCACCCUUGUACCAGUAGCUAGCUUAUUUUUUUGGACGUAGCUUAGCUGCAGCCGUUAAGGAACAGCCUCUCUAUCCAGAAUAUCUGCGGGCUAAUAUUAGAGGAAAUGUCAGAGCUCCAUCUGAACCGUUCCCUGAGCGUCCUGGAAGUGGAGGCGAGGAGGAGAGGAGAGGGUUUGAGCAUAUAAUACGGAGGCAAAGGAGAAUGAUUUCACGAUACAACCGGAGACCUGUAUCGCACAAACUCGAGAUUCGUGGGUUGUCUCGAAGCAGCCUUGACCACCAUCCUCUCCCAGAAGAAGCAGACGACAACCAAACCCCUCCGAGCUACCUCCAUGACCUGCAGGAAGCUGCUUCUGCACACAACAGCUCAGAGACAUCUGCUGCCUCAGGCCACUCUCAGUGCCCCACUGUCAUCUCAGUAGACUCCAGCCAGUCCUGGUUAGGUAUUCACAGCUCCACGGGUACUGGCAUCUCCACCGAGAGGAGCUCUGUUUUCUCCUGGGGCUACGAUGAGUUUGACAAGGCAGCAUCACGGCAGGUGCAGCAAAUGUUUGAGGAGAUCGACAAAGAUCUUUAUGAGGGAAGAGGCAGUGGGGGAGGGAUACUCCAGGGGCUCCAGGAUGAAUGUCAGCAGUGGGCCACACGUUUCCCUCAUCUUCGUAUCCUGGGGACUCAGCUGCUGUGUCCCAGUGAUGAAGGCUUCCAGUGGUAUACUACCUCAGGGAAAGGCAGCGCUUCCAGCAGGCCGUCAGCGGGCAAAGAAAGCGGUGUGAAACCCCAGGAGAAAGAUAGGGAAGGAACAGAGUUGAAUGUGCAGGGCCGGAGAGCACAUCUGAUCAGAUCCAAUUCACCAGACUUGGAUGGGCAGCCUGGUACCUCCAGCGGCAUCGGCAGCCAUGACAAGAAUAGAAUGACUGAAAUAGAGGGUCAGAUGGAGGAAUAUCUUGCUUUUGAUAGCACAGACUUGGAGGAUGACCAGUGGGAACAGGAUUGCUCAGAGUCGAGUCGGAGGCAUAAAUGUCUGCCCCCAGUCUCACCAUACCGGUGUCGCUGCCACGCUGUUCUCGAUCUGCUGUUCGAUGAUGUGUGGAGGCAGCUCAUUGGCUGCAUGAAAGAGCUGGUUCAACACCACUGGGAAUGCUGCACUUCACAUGAUGAAAAUAUUUCUGGGAACUUGAGCCCCGUGCAGCAAGAUUUCCAGAAUCCCUUUAUGCUGCUCUCCACGCUGCCUACGAUGCUGCCCAAACUUGGCCAGAGCCGGGUGCCCCCACUCACAACUGGCAUGCAGUUCCAGAACGCAAAGUCAAGGGGCUCAAAGCACAAGUCCAGACGGAAAUCCAAAAAGCAGAAAAGGCCUUCCAGUGCUGGAAGAGUCCCUGUAGGAGCAGCCGCGACUCAGCACAACCUGAACGACCUCAUCGUGAUCCACAGCAUCCCCCUUCAGCAGAGGAACCUGGGUGUGCUGGAUAGAAGCCAGGAGCCAGAAGAGCGUGCGUCUCACAGACCGGGAUCUAGCGCGGUCCCCUCCAACAAACCUCGCCCUCGCCGACCCCUGGAGCAGAGCUCUUCCUCGCUGUCCUGCCCGGCACAAUCGGCCCGACGCAGGAACCCUCCUCCCCGAACCCUCCUGCCUCUUGUUCCCAAUCCGAGUCAGUCGAGCGCAGUGGGAUCCAUGGAUGAGGUCAUCCGCGGGACACGUCUACCCACGGCCAGUGACCAGCUGACCACUCCACCAUUGCCUCUGAGCAGAAACACACUCCUUCCCCCCAUUAGCACCGGAGACCCAGACUCGUCUUACUCAGGGCAGCCAUCUAAAACUGCACAGCGCCAGAAGGGCCCAUCUAGCCGUGCCCACAGUGCUAUAAAUGACAAAGCUGGCAGUUCAGUUCCGAGGGAUCGCCACCACCUACUGGACGUAUUCUCUCGCCCCAACACAACCCACACUUACAGGUCGGAUACUCCAUACCGUCGAUCCUUCACAGUAUUGGACAACAUUGGUCAGGGGCGGCCAGGCAGAGCCUCUGUGGGCACAGACUCCCUUGGAAUCGGUGUGACGGGCAUCAGUCUUGGCAUCAGCAGCUCGUCUUUUUUGGACUCAUUUUCCCACCACCCCUUGGGGCACUCGCCCAUCAAAGACGAAGAGGAGCCGGACCCGCAAGCCCCUGUCCCAGCUCCACUGGUGCCUGCGUCAGUACCGUCUCGGUCUCACACCCGAGGAGGCAUCUCAUCCAGAGCCAGCAGACCUGGCUUAUAGUUUGCCUCUAAUCUCAAGCCACUCAUCUUUAUAAAGUGCAAUGUUCUGCAGCAUCCGUGCCCACUGAACAAUUUUGUUUUACAGAAGUAGCAGGUUCUUUUUUUUCAUAUUACGCUGCUUUUGUAAUAUUUUUGUUAAAACCCUAUUUUUGUAUUUCAAAAAUCAGCUUAUGAGGCUGCCAAACAGAAAUAAUUAUUAACAAUAACUCCAUCUUCAUGUACAGUAUGAGCUACAUAUUUAGACCUUAGUUCAUGUAUGAUGUAAAUAUGUAUAUAUCUAUUUAUAUGUGAACGUACUGUAUAUUAUCCUCUGUGCUGCGUUGUUGUACCAGGAACCCACUAUGCAGGGAAUAACACAUUCAUCCCGACAGGAUUACAGAGGAUAAAAAGCACUUCUUUUUCCUCUCUGAAGCUAAAUCAGAGAGUUUGGUACUGUAUCUUUUAUAGGGACACAACAAGCAUUUGUCCAUAGCCUCUUUGCAUAUCAUUGUACACAGGAAGGAAAACAAAAAGACGAGCUUAUUUUAAAUCACGGGAGGGGCUGUGGGUUUUAAGCUGCAUGACACGACAGCAAAUGGAACA